UUGGGAACUCUUUGAUUAGAAGCCACGUUAAGUUUUAGUUUCAGUUUCUCUUGUUGCUCUUUGAAUUCCAUCUGAGCUGAAUAAAGAACUGCUCUGUGUUCCAGCUAUCAAGUAGUGCUUGCUCCUGCAACCCAUAUUCAAAACACACACAGAAAAUACUACACAGAGCAAGGUACCUGAGUGUGACCGAAAAACAUCAUGUUGCAAAUAGACCAGUAUGGAAACACGACACUACAUUACGCUGCCAGAACCAACAAUAUGGCAAGAGUAGUCGAACUUCUGUCUGAUGAAUAUAGUGUCAUUAGCAGGAACGGGAGCGGUCUCACUCCUCUGCAUUUUGCAGCCUUUGGCGGGAAUGUAGGAAUAUUACGAUUGCUGCUCUCGCAUGCACCACAUGCCAUAAAUCUGCAGAGUAUAAAGGGCUCGUCUCUCUUACAUGAGGCUGUGCUUGGAGCAAACACCAAUGCCGUUAAAUUCCUCAUAAAUAAUAGAGCUAAUCCAAAUCUGCAGGACCAGGAGGGUAACACACCUUUACACAUUGCCGUACUGAAGAUCCCUACACAUGUGGCUGUGCAGAUCUGUCAGGCGCUGUUGGACGGAGGGGCAGCCACUAACCUACAGAAUGAGAUUGGUGAAAACUUUUUCUUUGCUGCCAUGAGGAGAGUGGCAAAAGGUGGAUCCCGAAGCUCAGAUUUGCUGAUGUCUCUGGCCAUGCUGCACGGCGGUAACUUGUUGCAUCGGAACGCGGACGGUCUCACUAUUCUGGACGUGCUGAGGCGGGAAGGAGCUCCACUUAAAGUCAUCAGGGAUAUUCAGAAAAAGACCCAGGAGCAGCAGAAGUUGUUCCUGGACCAGACAUCCUACAAUAUCUAUCAGCCUCCUCCUCCCACACAGAUUCCAGGGCCCUCAGGCCGCUGGCAAAGGCGGAAAGGGAAAUUGUUUGUGUGCGGGCAAACAGGAGCCGGGAAAACCACGUUCACCCAAACAUUAUCAAAGACUGGACUGCUCCCCUGGCUGCAGUAUCUCUGCACUGAACCAAAUCCCCCAGAGUCCACCAAAGGCGUGUCCUUGUGUCACAGUGAAUAUGAAGCUGGCUCUGUAGUUAUCUGGGACUUUGCCGGCCAAAUGGAAUAUUAUUUCACUCAUGCCUUGCUGCUUGCCACACGUGGGGAGAACGUCGUAUAUUGUUUGGUCUUCAGUCUGGAAGGUGUGGAGAGUGACCAUAGAGGCGCACAGAACCGGAUAUAUGAACAGGUAAUGAAAGGAACAAGGAGUCAUUUAUAUAGACAUAAACCUGUAAUUGGGUUUAUUGGUGCACAGGGAGGGGCUGGCAUGUGUUAG